UACAACUACAUAUAUGCUAUAGCAUGGGAAUGUGCGACCACAUUUGUAUGUUUGAGUUGUAGAUCUGAAAAUUUUAGGGCUAAAUCCUGUGUCUUUUUCUCUAUCGUUUGUAAGCUUUCCUGAGACAUCAUGGAAUCAAGCUCUAAGAUGGAAGAAUACAGACCUCCCACAACUAAACUUGUUUUCAACAGCGAAAAGAGGUAUCAUGUAUUUCUGAGUUUCAGGGGACCAGAUGUCAGAAACACUCUGGUUGAUCAUCUCUAUGAAGCCCUCUCCACAGCAGGAUUGAAUGUCUUUUUAGACAGCGAGAAAUCGGAAAAGGGGGAAUUCAUUGACAUGAGCUUGGAAAAAGCGAUGGAGGGCAGUGCCAUACGCAUUCCUAUUUUUUCCAAAGGCUAUGCAGACUCAACUUGGUGUCUCAAGGAGGCUGCUGCAAUGGUGAGAACCCCUGGCUUGAUCAUUCCACUCUUUUAUUAUGUGGAUCCAACUCAUGUCAGAUAUCCUCUAAAUGAGACCAGUCCCUAUAAGCAAUCAUUUCUCAAAUUUUAUAGCCGUUCGGAUCGGUACCAAACAGAAGAGAUUGACAGCUGGAAGAAGGCCCUUCAUGAUAUCUGUUCUCGAUCAGGAUGGUCCAUAGAUAUCACUCAAGGCUUUGAAGCUCGGUUAGUGAAGAAGGUGGUGAAUGACCUGAUCAAGACAUUGGAUAAAGUGUCAUUAGAAGUUGCCAAGCAUCCAGUGGGAAUAGACAACAUAAAGAAUGCUCUCAUUCAGAAAUUGCAUCUCAAUUCAGCAAAUGAAGUGGUUAAACUUGGAAUUUGGGGUCUUGGUGGUAUUGGCAAGACCACAAUUGCCAAGGCCUUGUACAAUCAACUUUAUGCUCAUUUUGAAGCUGCUUCCUUUGUAUCGAAUGUCCGUGCCGCUGCUGCAGACCUCCGAGGCCUCACAAUUUUGCAGAAUCAAAUUCUCGAAGAGUCAACCAAAUAUGUUGGAAUAGUGUACAAUGUUGAGAAGGGCAUAUCUUUGUUGAGAGAACGUUUGGGAGGGAAACGUGUGCUGCUUGUUAUAGAUGAUGUGGAUGCUUAUGAGCAAUUGAAUGCUUUAGUUGGAGAUUGGUUGGGUUCUGAUAGUAGAGUUAUUAUAACUUCUAGAGAUAAACAUAUUGUCAAUCUUGCUCAAGUCCAAUACAUCCACGAGAUGAAUGGAUUAGAGAUAAAUGAAAGUCUUGAGUUGUUCAGCUGGCACACUUUUCUCCGAAAACAUCCAAGUCCCGGAUAUGAGGAUCUGUCCAAAGGAAUAGUAAAAGCUUGUAAGGAGCAUCCUCUUUCAUUGGAAGUGAUUGGAUCCUUUUUGUAUGAUAAGGAGGCUGACACAGGUUGCUGGACAGAAGCUCUUAGCAACAUUACUCUCAACCCAGAUAUUCACAGAAGAGUCUACAAUACACUCAAAAUCAGCUAUAAUGCUCUUAGUGAUGAAGAAAAAGAAAUAUUUUUGGAUAUUGCUUGUUUUUUCAUUGGACAAGAUAAAACACAUCCCAUUGUUUUCUGGAAAUCCAUCUACAAAAUGGUAGACACUUCCAUAUUUAAUCUUGUAAUGAAGUCAUUGAUAAAGAUUGAUGACGAAGGAUUAUUUGAUAUGCAUGACCAUUUGCGAGACAUGGGGCGGACCAUUGCUGAAACAGAAAAAGAAGGUACCAGACUAUGGAAGGCCACCCAUUUAAGCACCUCCAAUUUCUCUCGUAUUCGACUCGUGAGCAGCAGUUCACAUAGGUUUGAAAUGCUUUACAGUCCUGGUCUUCAGUAUCUUGAUUUGGAACAUCUGUCCAUUGAAGGCACGAUAGAAGAUACGCUAGCCAUGAUUCCUCCAAGUUUGAUAUGGUUAAGGUUGGUAGAUUGCACCUUUGCAAUCGGGAAGGACACAGCAGUGACACAACCACGUCACUCCAGGUUUGUGGGGAACAUUUGGCAAUUGAAGAUUAUGGAACUACAAGAGCGCUCUCAUUUGAACGGCAAUUCUUUCCAUUCCCUAUUUUCACUUCCUAAUAUACAGCUCCAGCACUUGGACUUGUCCUGUUGUUGGGAGUUAAAUACUCUCCCUGUUAGCAUUGGCAACCUGUCACAGCUGCAGCACAUGAAGUUGGGAUGUUGUGAAGGGUUAAAUACUCUCCCUGAUAGCAUUGGCAACCUGUCACAGCUGCAGCACUUGAACUUGCGAUGGUGUUCGGGGUUAAAUACUCUCCCUGAUAGCAUUGGCAACCUGUCACAGCUGCAGCACUUGGACUUGAGAUCUUGUCGAGGGUUAAAUACUCUCCCUGAUAGCGUUGGCAACCUGUCACAGCUGCAGCACUUGAUCUUGGGAUGUUGUGAAGGGUUAAAUACUCUCCCUGAUAGCAUUGGCAACCUGUCACAGCUGCAGCACUUGGACUUGGGAUGUUGUGAAGGGUUAAAUACUCUCCCUGAUAGCAUUGGCAACCUGUCACAGCUGCAGCACUUGAACUUGCGAUGGUGUUCGGGGUUAAAUACUCUCCCUGAUAGCAUUGGCAACCUGUCACAGCUGCAGCACUUGGACUCGGGAUCUUGUCGAGGGUUAAAUACUCUCCCCGAUAGCAUUGGCAACCUGUCACAGCUGCAGCACUUGAUCUUGGGAUGUUGUGAAGGGUUAAAUACUCUCCCUGAUAGCAUUGACAACCUGUCACAGCUGCAGCACUUGGACUUGAAAUAUUGUAAAAGGUUAAAAAUCAUCCCAGAUGGCAUUGCCAACCUGUCACGGCUGCAGAACUUAAGAUUGAAAGGGAGUGGAAUUGAACGUCCACAUACGAUUGGCAACCAGUCAGGUGAGCAUUCGAGUGGUGUUGAUACGCUUCCUCGACUGGAGAGUUAA